GUACUAAGUAGCUGAUAUCUCGCAUCGCGAGUCACAAGUCUGGAGCAGGCUAUUUGAUCUGUUUGUCUGCGGCUCAUAGUCACAGCCACUGGCAGCCACUGGCAUCUACAUCCACGAUCAUAGCUACUGACAUCGCUCAUCAUCACAAUCUUUGCUCGUAAUAAAAUUAUAAAAUAUCAACAACAACAACAAUAAGAAGAGAAAAAAUAAAAGUUAUCUAUCAGAAGAAAGAAAUGUUCUUUUUUUCUACUACGAGUAUACGUUACGGUUAAGGCAGAUGUGGAUUAAUUUUCAUUUGUAUGAUGAAACAUCUUUUCACACCGAAGAUUCAGUUGUGUGAAAUGUUCCGAUGUGUAAACGCGUAAAUUACGGAUAAAAUCGGGCGUAACUGUAAAAGCGCGUUUGCAUCAAAACGAUCACAAACACAACGGAAGAAAUGCAAAUAAAUUAAAUUAAUUCUAAAGUGAAAUUCAAAGCAAGGCAACCACAUACAAAACCGCACAAUAAAAAAAGUGAACAAAAAAAAAUUCCAUUAAAAUCGAUUGCGAAUGCCAGAACUUUUUACACCACAUGCCUAAGCUGUGUAAAUUUGUGUAGUAGCCAAAAAAAAAAAAAAGAUUGCCACAGUCCAAUGAAUGUUGAAAUAUAAAAACUUGUUCCAAUGCAUGGACAGAGAUUCUGAGAAUAUUUCGCCAAUAUUAAGCCAAAAAUAACUAAACUUAAUUAAGUGCAAAUCAAAGGAAGCCAGCUAGCCAGUCCGCCCAGCACACCCUGCUAGUCACAAUAGCAAUUUUAUACACUUCAUUCAAGUAUCCAACAAGCACUAGCUACAAUUUCACUGCUUAAACCACUAGAAAACAGUUGGUGGUCUCAAAAAUAAUGUCAAGCAACACAGCAGGUAUCAUGGCUGUGGCUUCAAGCACAGUGGCUACUCCUACAACUACCACUGCAGCAACAGCUACAAAUGCUGGCGGUCAGCAGCCCAUUAUGGAAAUGUUUACAACGACCAUGGCAUCCAUAAAGGAAACUAUGAGGACCUUAAUUACUAACCCAACCACAACAUCAACAAUAACCACCACUACUUCUACAGCUACAACUACAACUACAUCAACGGCAGCAUUUUUACCCAGCACCUCAAAGGCCAGCAUUUCCGUUUCCUCUUCGGCUCAGCCGGACCAACUUAAUGUGGCCGACUUAAGUUCAUCGCUGCAACACUUUGGCUGGGUGGAUUAUUGCGUUUUCGUUUUGAUGUUAAUCAUUUGUGCCUUUAUCGGUUUCUACUUUGGCUUUAUUGAAAAGAAACAAAAGAAUCAAAAACGCUCAGCCACCGAACAUCGUCGUGGCUCCGAGGCCUUGGAUUACUUGGUGGGUGGUCGUAAAAUGAAAGUGUUUCCGGUGUCUUUGUCACUGGUGGCCAGUUUUGUUUCGGGUAUCUCUCUGCUGGGCACUUCAACGGAAAUCUAUGUGUAUGGCACCCAAUAUGCCUUCAUUUUGAUAACAUUAGCACUAUCGGGUGUUAUUUCCUGGUAUGUCUUUUUGCCAGUCUUCUGUAAUCUACAGCUAACAUCAACCUAUGAGUACUUCGAAAUGCGUUUCGGCAAAGGAAUUCGUUUGUUCGGUUCUAUACUAUUCUCACUGGGCACGAUAACUUGGUUGCCCAUUGUGAUUUAUGUUCCAGCUUUGGCGUUCAAUCAAGUGACGGGUGUUAAUAUUCACAUCAUUACGCCAUUGGUAUGCAUGGUGUGCAUUUUCUAUACGUGUGUGGGAGGUCUUAAAGCUGUCGUUUGGACUGAUGUCAUUCAAACGAUUAUUAUGGUGGGUGCCAUUAUCUUUGUUGUCGUCAAGGGUACCAUAGAUGUGGGAGGCCUUGGUGUGGUAUUUGAACGUAAUUGGGCCACAGGAAGAAUUGAAAUCCCUGAACUUACUUGGGAUCCCACUGCUCGCAUCUCUAUGUUGUCUAUUAUGGUGGGCACCACCCUGUGGUACACGCAGGUCAACUGUGGCAAUCAGGUUAUAGUACAACGUUAUUUGUCGGUGCCCUCCAUACGAGAGGCAAAACGCGCCUGCAUAUAUUUUACCACGGGCAUUGUAUUGAUCAAUGUGUUGUGCAUGUACAAUGGCCUGUUGAUAUUUGCCAAUUAUUAUGAUUGUGAUCCUUUGAGUACAAAAUUGGCUAAGGCCAAGGAUCAGAUGGUGCCCCUAAUGGUUAUGGAGACUUUGCAAUUUCUACCAGGCAUGGCUGGUCUCUUUGUGGCUGGGGUAUUUAGUGCCGCCUUGAGCUCUCUAUCGACAGGAUUGAAUUCCUUGGCUGCGGUAUUUUUGGAGGACUAUAUAAAACCCUUUCGCAAGGAGACAUUGACGGAAAGGCAAACGGCUUGGAUUAUGCGUUCCACGGUGGUAUUUAUUGGAGUACUAAGUGUAGCUUUGGUAUUGGUCAUACAAUUCUUGGGCCAUGCAGUGGUACAGUUGUCCACCACUUUGUCCUCAGUGACGGGAGGACCUUUGCUGAGUUUGUUUCUAAUGGGCCUAUUAAUGCCCUGGAUUAACUCAAAGAGCGCUGUUAGUGGCUGUAUUGUCUCGUUUAUCACCAUGACUUGGAUUUGUGUCAAAUGUCAAGUGGCCUUGGCCACUGGGGAACUGGUGUAUGCUGAGAAACCCAUGUCGACAGAGGGUUGCACCUAUGAUUUUGAACCCAUAAUGACCUCAUUGGCCAAUAGCACUUUUUUAGAACAUAGGUAAAUCUUGAAUUAAAUUUUGUUUUUAUUUGAUGUUUUAUUUUUGGAUUUUUACAGCACCAAAACUUUUGCCCAGUAUAUCUAUCAAAUGUCAUUUUUCUUUUAUGCUGCCGUUGGAUGCACCAUUUCCAUUGUGGUGGCCCACUUGGCUUCGCUGGUGUUUGGCCGAAAUGAUCCCUCCACCAUGAAUCGCAAACUCUUUCCACCAUUUGUGUGUAGAUUAAUCGAAUUUAAGGAUUACGACAGCGUCUAUCAGAAGGAUGUGGAUGAGCAAAUGGUUAUUGUCUAUGAUUUGCAGAUAAAAAAUAGUGACUUAAAACAGUCCUUAAAGGAUGAUGUUGUUCUGUGAGAUUUAUUUUUUUCGUCGCAAUUAAGAUAAGUUUGUAGUAAUGCGUUUUUUUGUUAUUUUAGUCUAAGAAAAUAUAAAACAAACUGAAAACAA